AUGAAAGGUCAGGUGUCCAACUCUUCCGACCGAUUCGCCAGCUUCUUCUGGAAAGUCGUCUGCUGGCUUUGGGAGACCUUCGAUCUCGUCCUGAUGAUCGUACUCGACUAUUGGGCGAGGAUGGUCGAAUUGAUACUCGUGCUGAUGAACUUGACGUUUCAGGUGAUCUGUUUCUUCAGGGACCUGUGCAUCGACUCGCUGCAGACGUUUGCCAAUGUUUUCCGAGGUAUUGUCAAUAUCGCUAACAGUAUCAGCCACGAAGACGUCGAGGACUUUGCUUCUGCCUGUAUCGUCAUAUUCUUGUACACCGGGGUCGCGAAAAUGUUCGUGAAUUUUCUGAGAAAGAAUACCUAUGUGAAACUGUUCAACGCACCGUCUGAACAACGGGCCACGUGGCGGAGCGAUGAUAACAACAAUCCAACGAAAGGUCACGCACGGAACGUGUGUCCCGCCGGUAGGAGGCCGAGCAGAAGGAUCAGCCGGAGGAACAACAGGCGAUUCCGGCCGAUAUUGGAAAAGAGCAAGUGA